UAAUAGAUGAGUUAUGGCUGGGGCUAGCGAGACGUGGCUGCGUGCACAGAUAUGUAUUUGAUUGUGAGAAUAGGCGGAUAAAGCGGCGAGCAAACUCCAAGAUGCUAUCAGGGAGGCAAAGACGUUAGAUUAGGAUUUUGGAUAGUGGAGAAGGUAUGUAAGAUAUCGCGGGGGGAGCUAUUGAUGUGCGAUCGGGUUGUGUUUGGUCUGAGAUCCACACGUUCGUUCGCCCGCCCCUCCUCUCCAACCUCCCCUCCCACUAGCGCACAUCGUUCGCAAGCCACACAUCCAACGAGUUUGCUCGGCGCUCACACCAUUCUCAGACCACUGACCCGUAACUCGAUGGCGCUUGAGAUUGCCGAGCGAGACGAGGCGGGGAACUUGGUGUUGGAGUAUCUUGCUGAGGCGCAGGGAACGAGGGUUGACGUGAUUUAUCCCAAAGAAGCGAAGAGCUAUGCGCAACGCCUUCUUGGUGUUUUCUUACCAGCAGGGUAUCCGCAGAGUGUGACGGAGGAUUAUAUUCAUUACCAGAUCUAUGACUCGCUUCAGGCAUUUUCUUCCUCGAUUGCAGGGCUGUUGGCAUCGAGAGCUGUGUUGGAAGUCAUUGUGCGAGUUUGCUGUUGUGCGUGGUCAACAAGUCUCCACGUAUUGAGGUCAAGAUAUGGAAAUUAUGCAUUGCAGGCGUCAGAUACAGCGGAACCCCUAUGACGAUUAAACAGCAACAACACAACCAUGCAUUCGCCUGUCUAACACCUACAAACAGGCGUCGGCGUAGGUGACUCGACUGCCUCCCCGACCUCCGC